CCUAGACUCAGAGCUCCAUCCAAACUCCAGCGAAGACAUCCCAGCCAUGGCCAUGCAGAAAAUCUUCGCCCGGGAAAUCCUGGACUCCAGGGGCAACCCCACGGUGGAGGUGGACCUGCACACAGCCAAGGGCCGAUUCCGAGCAGCGGUGCCCAGCGGAGCUUCCACGGGGAUCUAUGAAGCUCUGGAGCUGAGAGAUGGAGACAAAUCCCGCUACCUGGGGAAAGGUGUCCUGAAGGCUGUGGAACACAUCAACAAGACCCUAGGCCCUGCUCUGCUGGAAAAGAAACUAAGCGUCGUGGAUCAAGAAAAAGUGGACAAGUUUAUGAUUGAGCUGGAUGGGACAGAGAAUAAGUCCAAGUUUGGGGCCAAUGCCAUCCUGGGCGUGUCCUUGGCCGUGUGUAAGGCUGGAGCGGCAGAGAAGGGGGUCCCGCUUUACCGACACAUCGCAGACCUCGCUGGGAACCAUGACCUCGUGCUCCCAGUGCCUGCCUUCAACGUGAUCAACGGGGGCUCCCACGCAGGCAACAAGCUGGCCAUGCAGGAGUUCAUGAUCCUGCCCGUGGGGGCCAGCUCCUUCAGGGAGGCCAUGCGCAUCGGCGCCGAGGUCUACCACCACCUCAAGGGGGUCAUCAAGGCCAAGUACGGGAAGGACGCCACCAAUGUGGGGGACGAGGGUGGCUUCGCGCCCAACAUCCUGGAGAACAAUGAGGCCCUGGAGCUGCUGAAGACCGCCAUCCAGGCGGCCGGCUACCCAGACAAGGUGGUGAUCGGCAUGGACGUGGCGGCCUCCGAGUUCCACCGCAACGGGAAGUACGACCUGGACUUCAAGUCGCCGGAUGAUCCCGCGCGGCACAUCACUGGGCAGAAGCUUGGGGAGCUGUACAAGAGCUUCAUCAAGAACUACCCUGUGGUCUCCAUCGAGGACCCCUUUGACCAGGAUGACUGGGCCACCUGGACUUCAUUCCUUUCGGGGGUGGACAUCCAGAUCGUGGGGGAUGACCUCACAGUCACUAACCCCAAGAGGAUCGCCCAGGCCGUGGAGAAGAAGGCCUGCAACUGCCUGCUGCUGAAGGUCAACCAGAUCGGCUCAGUGACGGAAUCCAUCCAGGCUUGCAAACUGGCCCAGUCUAACGGCUGGGGGGUGAUGGUGAGCCACCGCUCCGGGGAGACGGAGGACACCUUCAUCGCCGACCUCGUGGUGGGGCUCUGCACGGGACAGAUCAAGACUGGCGCCCCCUGCCGCUCGGAGCGGCUGGCCAAGUACAACCAACUCAUGAGGAUCGAGGAGGCUCUUGGGGACAAGGCUGUCUUCGCUGGACGCAAGUUCCGUAACCCGAAGGCCAAGUGAGAAGCAGGAGGCCCUGGGACUCCACUGGACACACCCUGGCCUUUGAGCCUUUUCCCCUGAAAUAAACACUGGUGCCAGUCACG